AUGGACGAGGCACAAUCCCUUGACGAGCUCGCCCGUCUCCUUGAAAAGAUUUCUCAUUCACCCUACAAUGUAUCCUUACACUCUCAAUAUAUCCGGCUCGCGGAUACAACGGAAGGCAUGGAAACUGAGGCAUUGUCCGCUCGAGAGAUGAUGUCCAACUUCCUGCUUUGUUGUGAACGGGUCUGGAUCCCUGUCGUGGAAUCAAAACGCGCCACUGCAGACCUGAAUACAGCAGAGGGAAUAUUCCAGGUACUCGACUUAUACGUUCGUGCCGAAAUGGACUACCUUUCUAUACCUUUACUACUACAACACCUCGAAUUUAUUGUCGAAAAACACGCCCAAUUUAGUUUCGGUGCAGCUGAACGACCUGAGGGGCUUGGAGAGAUUCUUUCAACGGACUGGACGCGUGAGGAGAUAUCCAACAUUGUGGGCAAGGGAAUAGAACACCUCACCCAGAGUCAUCUACUGUGGGAUAUCCAGCGAGACUGGGAAAUGUCGCAGCUGGAAGCUUCGGUUACCGAGGACCGGGCUCCGUUAGUUGAGCGUGUUCAGCUCCUGCAUUUGACUCGCCUACGUCAACCACAUUCAACACUUGAGGAUACUGCUCAGUCGUAUUCGACGUUUACUACAAACUAUAAGCCACCAGCAGAAUACGAGUCUUUGCUUGUAUCGGCUUCGAAGAUACGUUCGCAGGGCACCAAAGCCUACGAGCGUCGCGAAAGCUUCGAGACAAAUCUCGUUCAGAGCAACAACUCUCUUGACACCUUCGCGCGAUACAUCGCUGCAGAACGACGCGCAAGAUAUCCCGAUUUAUUUGUCCUAAAAGGAGUCUAUGAACGUGCUAUAGCACAAGCAGCUAAGCAGCAGUUCGAAGGUGAUGCAGGUGCCGAAGCGGCAUUGCGCGCAUUCUGGAUAGGCUACUGCGAUACACUGCGCCUCCACGAAGCCGCUGACGAAGAAAUGGAGCUUCAAGUCUUCAAACGAGCUACUAAGAGUGUUCCUGGUUCUGGGGAGGUCUGGGCAAGAUAUAUUCGCUAUCUGGAACGUGUCGUGAACUCUCAGGACGUUCCAGCCGAUCACGUGUACGACAAAGCCAUGUCAACGAAUUUGAUUCAGCUCGAUCCAGAGCAGAUUGUCCCUUUGACAUUGGCUUGGGCAGGUCAUGAACGACGGCGAAUCGAGGCUGGCGCCGCAGAUGAAGAAGCUUUUGCCACUCUUAUUAAUGUCCUUCAGCAAGGCAUCAGCCUCGUUCGAAAAGCAUCGCUUUCCGGAGACCCGAGGUUUCGUUUGGAAAAGAACUUGGCAGACAUCUACCUGCGGCUCGCCGACCUCCCGGACCAGGGUGCAGAAGUAUGGCAUCAAACAGCUAGGCAUCUCAAGUCUAGCUAUCUUGCAUGGACAUCGUACAUUGAUAUUCUAAUCAAACAGGACAAACACGACACGGCAAGAGCGGUAUAUAAGGAUAUACACACGAAGAAUCUCGAUUGGCCAGAGGUUAUUUGGGAUGCUUGGCUAACCUUCGAACAUCUAUAUGGUACUGUUCAAGAUAUUGAAUAUUGCUUGGAUCGGAUUGAGAAGGCACAAUACCAGGUCAAUAUGCGUCGUGCUAAGGAAGCCGAAAAGGCAUCAUAUCAGGCGGCGCAGAUGGUGAUCGAACCAGCAGCCAAUGCCCCCGUUGCUGAGACCAUCCAGACCGAGUCUGGUGCCAGCGGCCAGCAACAGACCGUCGCAAUGGAUGUGGAUGUCUCUCUCCCAGAGUUAGAUUCGAGCAAGAAACGGAAAGCCGAAAACGAGCCGACGCCUCCGGCGGAAUCACACAAGAAAGCCAAAACUACAGCACCACCGCCACCAUUAAAGAGGGACCGGGAGAACUGUACAGUCUUCGUGUCUGAUCUUCCUGACGGUGUGACGGAGGAGAAUCUCACUACUUUGUUCAAAGAUUGCGGGAAAAUCCGAGAGGUCAAGAUAACGAAACUGCCAAGCGCCCUAGUAGCUACUGUAGAAUUCAAUGAACGGGACAGUGUCCCCGCUGCCCUGACGAAGGACAAGAAGCGCGUGCUUGAGCAGGAAAUUUCCGUUCACCUUGCAUGGAAGUCAACACUGUAUGUCACCAACUUCCCAGAAAAGUCGGACGAUGCGUCUAUCAGGGAGCUAUUUGGAAAGUACGGAACUCUCUUCGAUGUCCGUUGGCCCAGUAAGAAAUUUAAGAACACUCGUCGGUUUUGUUAUGUUCAGUAUACAUCACCAGGGGCUGCCCAAGAGGCUCUCCUCCUGCACGGCCUCGAGUUAGAACCUGGGUUAGCACUGAACGUCUACACAUCCAAUCCUGAACGGAGGAAAGAAAGAACCGACCAGGAUGCGAACGAAAAGGAGGUUUAUGUGGCCGGGCUAAGCAAGUUCACCUCCAAAGACGAUUUAGUGAAGAUCUUCAAAACGUAUGGCCCAGUCAAGGAUGUUAGAAUGGCUACCUUCGACGAUGGACAUUGCAAGGGCUUUGCGUUUAUUGAGUUUGAGGACGAGGGCCAUGCGCAAGCAGCACUUGCCGCAAAUAACUACGAACUGAAGAAGCGGCGCAUUGCUGUGACGAUGGCCAACCAAAAAGUCCGCGCAAAAGAAAGGCGAUCUGGAUUGAGUAAACGUGCAGACGAACGUAACCGCUCUGUGCGUGUACGUGGUCUCCCACCCGCAACGCAGGAAGGGUUGCUACAUCAGACAUUCGAAAAGCUUGCUCCCAUCAAACGCGUGGAAGUAUUCCAAACAAAGGGAGAAGCUGUCGUUGAACUCCAAAACGCCGCGGACGUAGGUAAAUUACUGUUACGCACCGAAGCUGUUGAGUACGAGGGACACGUAUUGCAACUCUCCGAGGAGCUAUCGGAGCAAGCGGUAAGGUCUACUGCGCCUUUGGCUAGGGCAGGGGGUCUGUUUGUUCCUCGCUCAGCUGCAUCGCGGCGGCGAGCAGGUUUAGGACAUUCCCGUGGUACCAAGAAACCUCCAACCAAUAUUGGAGCUGUAGCCUCUGCCUCGAGCUCCCAGUCUUCGCAAGGAAAAGGGCAGGACGACUUCCGCAAGAUGCUCGGUUGA